GGCGAGGCGAGGCUAUAUAAAGAGAGGUCAGGAGGUAGGGAGACUCAGUUGACCAGCGUGAGUUAGACGAAGAUGGUGGCGCCGCUAAUCCUGGGCGUUGUAGCGUCUCUCCUAGCAAACUCCGCCACCGCCCAAGACAUAAACAAUGAGGAUGGCUUUUCACCCUGGAUGCAAGCUCCCUCACAAGCCUGGGGUGACAGAAGCCAAGAAGGUGGCGACCACAUCCCCAUUUCGGAAAUAUUGGCGAACUGGCUGGAGCAGAACCCAGGCGCCUUAACGAACAACCACGAUUUGGAUGAGUUAAUUGAGAAGAUGAGUUCCGGUGAGGCGGAGGAGUACCUCACCAGGGUCCUCAAAAAUGUUGUUCGUGGCCUGAAGGACGUCGUGGCGUCUGGGGACACUGAGGAUGACAGUCAUGAAGCAAAUUAUAGCGAAGAAGACCUUGAGAUGGAUGGGAAUCUUGACAGUGAGUUGGAUGAGGAUCUUGACAGUGAGUUGGAUGAGGAUCUUGACAGUGAGUUGGAUGAGGAUCUUGAUAACACAGAGCUAGACGAAGAUCUGGUGAAGCAACUAGUUGGAGACCUUGACUUCGGCAUUGAUUGCAAUGGUGAUGAAUGUGAAGAGGAGCCAGUCGCUGAAGCUGCCACGUAUUCUGACAGUGAGGAAGAUGAAGUCUUGAUUAGACGCAAGAGAUCUCCGGGAGUUACGAGAAGAAGAAGCAGCAGCUCCAGAAGAUCAAGUAGUAGUAGCAGCAGUAGUUCUAGAUACGGAUCAAGUAGCAGUAGCAGUGGUUCUAGAUACGGAUCAAGUGGUAGUAGCAGUGGUACUAGUUACGGAUCAAGUGGUAGUAGCAGUGGUACUAGAUACGGAUCAAGUGGUAGUCGCAGUGGUUCAUCCAGCAGCAGCAGCAGCACCAACAGGGUUACUUCAGGCAGUGCUGGCGCUGGGACCACCGGUGGUAGUUCAAGUGGAACAGUAUAUCCAUCAGCCCCUAGACCAGGUACAGGGUACCCAACUGGCACCCAACCAGUUGGUGGAUAUCCCACUGGUACAAAACCCGCUGGUGGCUAUCCUACAGGUACACAGCCCGUCCCAGGAUAUCCCACUGGUACAAGACCUGUUGGUGGUUAUCCCACAGGUACACAGCCCGUCCCAGGAUAUCCCACUGGUACAAGACCUGUUGGUGGUUAUCCCACAGGUACACAGCCCGUCCCAGGAUAUCCCACAGGUACAAGACCCGCUGGUGGCUAUCCUACAGGUACACAGCCCGUCCCAGGAUAUCCCACUGGUACAAGACCUGUUGGUGGCUAUCCCACAGGUACACAGCCAGUUCCAGGAUACCCAUCUGGCACUCAACCUUUCGGAAGCUACCCUUCUGGAAAUCAACCUUACGGUGGAUACCCCGCGGUCAGCCAUGGCGGUUAUUCUCAUUUCAGCCAGCCUCGCGCUACUUACCCUUCUGCCUAUCAACCGUAUAGCGGGUACCCGACAGCAACUCGACCAGGCUCCCCAAUGAUGGGGAUGGCUGCUGCUGGAGGCUUUGGCGGAUACCCAGUAGGAGGAUAUCCUAAGCCACUUAAAAAUAAGAACAAGAAAGAUAAGGUGAAGGCGGCCAUUGGUGCAGCAGUUACGGGCAUAAUUGCUCACAAGGCCAUGAAGAAAAGCAAGUUCCUCUCCCCGUCGCACCUGCCAGGGUAUGGUCACGGGAGCUUCGGGACCAAGCUGGCUGCUGGUGGCCUUGCGGGAAUGGCAGUUGGGAAGAUCGGGAAGAAAAUAUUGGGUGCCUACGUUAAGAUACAGAUAGCUAAAUACGCUCUCAAGUUCGGCGCAGCAGCAGCGAAGGCAUAUUUCCAAUACAAGCUCGGCCUCGAUCUGGACGAGUACAAGAUCGGGAAGUUCGUGCACCGGUAUCAUCAGCAGCGGGUGAGGGGCGACACUCGCUGGCGUUAUUACCGUCAUCACAACCGCAUGAAUGACAACAAUGAGACUGCUCAAGAUAACAUCACGCUAGGUGAGUUCUGCCGACGGCCGUGUGUGAAGGACGACCACCGCAUCUGUCAGUUCAACUUCGACAUUCACCUGUACCAGACCAUGUCCAGGGCGUGUUAUGACUGUCCUAGGAACUCCACUGACUGUGAGCGACCAGAAUGCGUAGCGGCCGACGGUGUCCGCAGGAUGGUAGUGGCCGCCAACAAGGCCAUCCCAGGUCCUCCUAUAGAGGUGUGUGUGGGGGACAAGGUGUUGGUGGACGUGAUGAACAACCUGCCGUCGACAGCGAUGACGUUACACUGGCACGGCCUCACCAUGGGGGCGUCAUUUUCAAUGCCCACCGCCCGUUCUACACCCUACAUGGACGGUACCCCGGGCGUCACACAGUGCCCCAUAUCCCCGGGCUCUGGCUUCAGAUACGCCUUCUUCGCCUCCAACCCCGGCACUCACUUCUGGCACGCACAGACUGGUCUGGAGCGUGGUGACGGGCUGUUUGGUCCCUUGAUCGUCCACCAGCCCACCGAAGUUGACCCCAACCAGUUCCUGGCUGAACAUCUCCUGAUGGUCAACGACUGGUACCACAAGUCGACACAGGUGCAGUACGCCAACAGGUACAGCGGCGCCGGGAUAGUCAAGCCUGACGCCAUCCUUAUCAACGGCAAGGGACCGCAGCAGCAUGAAGAGGACGCUGCCACUCCCAGGGUACCGUACGCCAGGUUCCUCGUAGAGAACGGUACCAGAUACCGUCUAAGGAUGAUCAACGCGGCCAUCACCAACUGUCCCGUGACGGUGACGGUGGACAGUCACGACCUCAUCAUCCUCUCUGCUGAUGGAGGCCGUGUCUCACCCGUCAACGCCUCUUCUAUCCUCCUACACCCAGGAGAGCGGUACGACGCCAUGUUCACGGCAGAGCAAGACCCUGACAAGGCCGGGGGAACAUACUGGGUGAGGGUGACGGGGGGAGGAGAGUGUACCGGCCUCCACCAAUACGCCGCCCUCCAGUACCUCCCCUCCAACUACACCCUCUUCCAGCCCUUACCCGAGAUCCCGUCCACGCCCGUCAGCAUCCCGGAACCUGGCACUGUGGAGUUCAGCGGGAGGUGUGGCAGCCCUGGUCAGAGGUGUGUGAGUAGCCUGGUUGCCUCCCUCCCCCUCCCUGACAAACUCAAGACCAACCGAGGUAAUUUGACCUUCUACCUCGCCUUUUCUACUAACAUGAUCCACAACCAGAACUUCUACUCCCUCGUCUACUACAAUAUCUACCAAGAUAGCCGGGAGAAGCAGGUGUGGACGCCGCAGAUCAACCACCUCACCUUCAGGGCGCCUCCCAAGCCUCUCCUGGUGAACCGUCGACCACUUAAGUCAGAGAAUUGUAGCGGUGAAGGUGUGCGUCACGGCCAGUGUAACGCCGACUACUGCGAGUGUAUCCACAACCUUAACAUCCCCAUGGGUAGCAUCGUCGACCUUGUCCUCAUUGGUGAAGGCCCAGCCAAUGGCACGUCUUAUCCCGUCCAUCUCCACGGCUACAAGUUCUGGGUCCUGAGUCAAGUAGAAGCUAGUCAGGUACCCAACACCACCAACCCUCUGCCUGUCCUCACCGAAAACUCCACCUUAAUCACGGCUGACCUGGACGACACUUGGGUGAAUCCCAACCUCUCCCGGGAGAAGAUGAUGCAGCUGGAUCGAGAGGGGAAGCUGGUGAGGGACCUGGAGAGCCCUGUUAUGAAGGACUCGGUGGCCAUCCCGCCAGGAGGCUACACCAUCGUCAGAAUUGUCGCGGAUAACCCAGGUGUGUGGAUGUUGGAGAGCCAGGUGGUGGCAGACGCCCUGGUGGGGGCGUCGCUGGUGUUACAGGUGGGCGGCAGGAACGACGUGCCCAAGUCUCCCCCACCCGACUUCCCCACCUGCUGAGCCUCACCUACAGGAGGAAUAAAGGGAGAAGUGCUCACUCACCUCCCCACAGCACUAACUAUAACACUCCCUCAUAACACCUAUACCCCCUCACAACACUCCCAACACCACACACAACUAACUCAACACAGACUACAACACGCCCUUACAACACCCUAACAACACUCAGCAUCACACACAACACCACCCACAAUACAGCACACAACACAUCAUCCACCACACACGAGCAACAACUAACUCCUUAACCAAGACUCUACUCCCUGUCAUUACUAUACACCAUCAAGUAGCUACUCCCGAACCCUGCAAAUACUCAUCGUUUUAUAUGAUAAUCAUUUGAGUUUUAUGAAAUGAUUAGAAUUCAAUUAUGUGAGAUAAUCUUAAGCUCACUUUAGCCUCAAGUUAAUAUUAGUGUCCUUAGGGUCUAGUUUAGUUCGUUAAUGAAACUGUUUGCGAUGUCUUCAUUGUUGACGUUCUUGUAAGCGUCGUCGGAAACUGACCAAGAAUCCGGCUUCAGCGAGAUGUGGUGAAUGAUUUACCUAUAGUCUUAACCUGAUUUACUCACCAAGUUUAUAUUUGUUUGAUGUUUCUACGAGUAUAACUAUUAGUAUCUAACAUAGGGAAACCUUAUAUCUUAACUAACAACUGCCAGUUUUAGUAUGUUUCCAUGUAAAGUCUUCCAGAUAUUAUGGGGUAUUAUAUAAGAUUAAUUUUUCCGGCAUGUUAUUGAUGUGAGUUAGUAUCCAGUGCCACCAGAGGGCGAGUGUGGUGGUGGUGGUGGUGGGAGGAGACUGGCGGAGUGUAGUGGUGGGAGGAGGAAGGGGGAGUGUGGUGGUGGAGGGAAGAGUGGCAUCCCCAUACCUCCAUAUCUCCACUCCUUAGACACCUGCAUUUCAUAGCAGCUACACUUACACUUUUAACAUUUACCAUUCAUAUACACCUGCCUUCAACACACCUCACGUCUAACUUUCCCCUUCCCACCCUGUACACCUACACCAGCUACUAUUCCCCCCUCACCCACACCACACACACCGAGCCAACUCACUCUGAUAACAAGGGACCGAGUUAAGAACAUUGUCGGUGUAGGGCUUCAGGUAGACUGUGUUAUGAUAGAAAACCAGAAGACGUCAGAAGACCGGCCCCGUGUAUAACAGGGUAGGACAAUGUUACUCUGGUCUGUCUAAGGGUAAUUAAAUAAUAACAUAAUAUAUACAGGGAAAUUCUAGAGUAACAUGAUAUAUAUACAGGGUAAUUCUAGAGUAACAUGAUAUAUAUACAGGGUAAUUCUAGAGUAACAUGAUAUAUAUACAGGGUAAUUCUAAAGUAACAUGAUAUAUAUACAGGGUAAUUCUAGAGUAACAUGAUGUAUACAGGGCAAUCCUAGAGUAACAUGAUAUAUACAGGGCAAUUCUAGAGUAACAUGAUAUAUACAGGGCAAUUCUAGAGUAACAUGAUGUAUACAGGGCAAUUCUCGAGUAACAUGAUAUAUCCAGGAUACUUCUAGAGUAACAUGAUAUAUACAGGGCAAUUCUAGAGUAACAUGAUAUAUCCAGGAUACUUCUAGAGUAACAUACAGACAUACGGGAGAACUCUAGAGCAUAAGUAAUUUUUUUGUAAGCGACGUUAACAUUAACAGUGAGACAUUCACAGAUUACGAAACCAAUUCAAUGAUUUGUCUUCAUAUGUGUGUGUGUGUGUGUGUGUGUGUGUGUGUGUGUGUGUGUGUGUGUGUGUGUGUUAACAGGUUUUACGGUAAACUUCUUCAAAUAAUUAUUAUCUUCUCAGUUUUUUUUUGCGUUUUUUUUUUAUGAAGACCAACAACAACAACAAGAACUUGGGUCUUUAAUUGACCUUUAAAACAAAACAAUAAUUAACUCUUGUCUAACCUGCUAUAUAUUGAAUAGUGUUUAAGUUUUGUCUAUCCUAGGAUAUAUAAUAUUGUUUUGUCUUACUUACUCUAAUACUCUUGUCUAUCCUAGGAUGUAUAAAUGAACGGUGUAUAAGUCCUAUUUUUUUUAGAUUUCUUUGUCUAUCCUGGUAUAUAUAAUAAUGUUUUUUCUUUAUAAUUAUAGUCUCACUUCUAUAUACCCUUCUCCAUCCUGCGAAAAAUAAUACUGUUCUAUUUUUACACAAGAUAAAUUGUGAGUCAAUAUAUACAUAAAAAUAAAAUAAUAUAAAAA